AGAGACUUAUUUUUAGAGUACUAUUAUAUCUUUUUUUGUAGUGGUUUCUUCUUUUUUGCAUGGCGACACAAUGAUUUGGAACUGACCUGUUUGUGAUUUAACAUGCAGCCUUUCUCGUAAAAUAAAUACAACAAUAGCGCAAUAUGUGCUUCUUACAUCCUCGUUAAGGUCGAAGGGAGGGACUUACCUGGCACCUGUUCCAUUGCAUCACGACACAACUUUUCACCCUGCUACUGUAUUGCAACGCCAGCCAAGACACUGAAGCGCUCUAAAUUUAGGCGCUUGCGAGUUACAGUAAAUACCUAUGAUACAGUGACACCAACCCGUCCAUCCACCCACCCACUCAUUCAGCGAGGCCCCCUAUGCCGUGGAGUGUACCCACUAUCGAGGUUCUUUUGCUAGUUCCCGCACCCUGAAGGUGCAACGACAGACCCAUCUCUGAUCUCCAGAGUACUUCAGUGCAGGAUCAGGCAUGUCGCUGUUCUCCACCAUGACGACCAGGGAAAGGAAACUUCAGGCUGAGGCGAUUUGUAGAGAGGUGCAAGCCCUGGAAGAUGUGCAGAUGGAUCUGGGGAAAAAGGUGAGCGUGCCCAAGGAGAUCAUGCUGGAAGAACUGUCCCUCGCCUCCAAUCGAGGAUCCCGCCUCUUUAAGAUGCGCCAGAGACGGUCGGAAAAAUACACCUAUGAGAACGUCCAGAAUGACAAAAACACACACAUGAAUAACGCGGUGGACUCUCAAGCUGAUAAUUCCACGGAAAAUAACAAUCCUGAGAAACCGGCGAGCACAGUGGAAGCCACUGAAACGGUUCCACAUCCAGACAGUAUCGCCCCUGGGUACGGCAGUCCUUUAAAAGACAUCCCAGCGGAGAAGUUCAACAGUACGGCUGUCCCAAAGUCAUACCACUCACCGUGGGAACAGGCCAUCAUCAGUGACCCGACCUUGGUUGAGACCCUCAUCGACCACUUGUCCGAGCCGGAAGCAGCGGCAGACCUGCCAAGCUACAAAAGUUUCAAUCGAGUGGCGACUCCCUUCGGUGGCUUCUCCAAAGCGCCCCGCCCUCCACCCAGAAAGACGCAAAAGGUGGAGCUCACCAUGCCCGAAUACCCCGAGCUCCAAGUGGACUCUGCGCCGUGUCGCCCUUCAUUUAACAGAUCCGCCCUAGGAUGGGCGUCCACAGAUCCUCCGGUCACCCUCACCGCCGACGUUUGCCAGCCACCUGAGUCGGAUGACCUUUGAACCUGUCAUGCUGUAGCUAACAUUGGCUUCAUUUAAAAAAAAGAAAAGCUUAUACAGUAGUGUAUAAUGUCAAUUAUUUUGGGGGUUUUUGCUCAAUAAAAUAGUCUCA